AUGGCUAUCAUGGCUUUUGACAUGUCAACUGUGGUUUUUGAGGUGGACAGCUUUAUGCUUGAUCGGUAUGUUCACGAGUAUCAUUUGUCCCCUAUUUUCGGUAUUGAACUUCCAUCCCUAUCAUCAUCUAUUCUUGAUGCUCUGUUUGGAAAGGUAGGAUAUAUCUUAGGCACCUGUAGUCGUCAUUUCCCCCUUUCUCCUGAUUUAUCUGGUUCAAAUGGUGGGUGGAAGAGUAAGUUUUGUUGGGUAGAUAUUCAUAGUUUUCGUCUUCCCUUCAUAACCAGUCCUGUACCUCCUGUUGACGCUUCGGUGUCCUUAUCCAAUGAUUUAUCGACGUAUAUAGCUUUUUUUGCAUUUAUGUGUACGAAGGUCUUUUUUGCCAGAAUUGAUGGUAGUAAAUGCCCGUUUCAGUUGAAUAAGUAUUUGUAUGGUGAUAUUCAUCCCCAAUCUCUUAUGUUGGAGGCUGUCACUCCGGAUAAGGACAUGGACUCGGAUGCUAUAGUUCUCGGGUCGCCUCUUAGGCUACAUGGGUUCGGAUCAGAUACUUUUUUUUCAUUGGAGGAACUAAAUGAGGCAUGUCUUACUAUAGCUCGUGCUGAAAAUAUCAUAUCUACGGUUCUCGGACUGGAAUUGAAGUUUUUUGAUGGGUCAUUAAGUCUUCGAGUUUGUUAUUUGUUUGUUGAGGUUAGUUUACGGGCUGCGGAAAGUAUGAAUCUUACAGGUGAGGAAAUGUUAUUCAAGGCUCGGAAGAUGUAUGCCGAAUUGGAUGGUCGCUACCGUGAUGUUGUUGGCAGGGUUACGAUAUUGGAGAAUCAAAUGAGACUCUUGGAAUCAAAUUAUGAAGCAUGUCUUCAAGAAAAUUAUGUGCUUCGUGCCAAGCUUACAUCCAAAUCUCCUUGA